AGAGGAAGAAGAUGGAAGGUUAGGUAGAAAACGAGAAGCACGCAAGGUCAGGCAUAAUAUGCUCACUUAGGCUAAGAAUUUGAAGAGAAAAACUAUCGAUUAGGGUUUUGAGCUUUCCACUUUCCAUCGAUUAAUCCCCAAAACUAUCUCUUCCUUCCGGUUUAGAUAUUCUCUUCGUCUCCGUCUUUAUAUACUAAAUCUUCGCCUUCUCCAUUUCUGAAGUCGACUUAGGAAUUUACUUGGAAUCACCAGGAAAAAAAUUGGUUGUGUGUUUGUUUUUGUUGAGGAGCGAUAAGGUCUUUCCUGUUCAAAUUCCUGUCAGAUAAAAUGGUGGAUUCCCAGAUGCUCGUGGCGCUUGGACUAUCCCUCGUGGGCGGAUUAUCUACUUCUCUAGGUGCACUUUUCGUAGUUCUUAGUGACACUCCCAAUAUGAAGAUGCUUGGACUUCUGCAGGGUUUUGCGGCAGGUCUGAUGUUGAGCAUAUCCUUCCUGGAUUUGGCGCAUAAUGCAAUAAACUCUAUUGGGUUCUUAAAAGGAAAUCUCUGGUUUUUUGGUGGUGUGAUAUUCUUUGCGUGUAUUGCCAAAUUCAUACCCGAACCAACAAUUGGUCCUUCUACUGACGUGAAAAGAAGAAAGAAAAAUGGAGACGAGGGAGGUAAGGACAUGGUGAAGAAGCAUCGCCGGCAAGUCUUAUAUAGUGGAAUUAUUACAGCUAUUGGCAUAAGCUUGCAUAAUUUUCCAGAAGGGAUGGCCGUAUUUCUCGGAUCAAUUAAGGGCAUGCGAGUUGGUGUUAAUUUGGCUUUGGCAAUAGCUUUACACAACAUCCCCGAGGGUGUUGCGGUUGCACUUCCUAUUUAUUUUGCAACAGAGAGCAAAUGGCAGGCAUUCAAAUUGGCAACGCUCUCUGGUUUAGCAGAGCCUCUAGGUGUAGUUAUCGUGGCCUAUCUAUUCCCAAGCAGCUUAAGUCCAGAAAUCCUUGAAGGCUUGUUGGGAGCAGUUGGUGGAAUCAUGGCUUUCCUAACGUUGCACGAAAUGCUUCCUUUAGCAUUUGAUUAUGCUGGACAGAAACAAGCUGUGAAGGCUGUGUUUGUUGGCAUGGCAUGUAUGUCUGCAAGUCUUUACUUUCUGGAGUUGAGUUUGCCUGAGACAAUGAGCUUGUAAGGUCGAUAAUGUCAUGUGCAAUAAUUGCCUCCUCAAAGACAGAAAUCAUUCUCUGGAGUAUAGUCUCUUUGUAAAGACAGUAAAACCUGUAAACAAAUGAGUAUUCUUUUUAUAAAUUCAAAGGAAUAAUCUGUUUUCAACA